AUGACUUUGAAUGAAGCCAGAGAGAUCAGGAAUAAAAACGCAGAAACAGUUAGCCUUGGCAACCUUGGCCUCGCCUAUCACCAUCUGAGUGAUUUCAAAAAAGCAAUCGAGUUUUAUCAGCUGGCUCUAAAAAUCGCAAAAGAUACUGGAAACAAAGAUCAAGAAGGAGCUAUAUAUAACAACCUUGGCAGUGCCUAUCAGUCUCUCAGUGAGUUCAAAAAAGCAAUCGAGUUUUAUCAGCUGGCUCUAAAAAUCGCAAAAGAUACUGGAAACAAAGAUGGAGAAGGAACUAUAUAUAACAACCUUGGCAGUGCCUAUCAGUCUCUCAGUGAGUUCAAAAAAGCAAUCGAGUUUUAUCAGCUGGCUCUAAAAAUCGCAAAAGAUACUGGAAACAAAGAUGGAGAAGGAACUACAUAUAACAACCUUGGCAGUGCCUAUCAGUCUCUCAGUGAGUUCAAAAAAGCAAUCGAGUUUUAUCAGCUGGCUCUAAAAAUCGCAAAAGAUACUGGAAACAAAGAUCAAGAAGGAGCUAUAUAUAACAACCUUGGCAUUGCCUAUAAGUCUCUCAGUGAGUUCAAAAAAGCAAUCGAGUUUUAUCAGCUGGCUCUAAAAAUCGCAAAAGAUACUGGAAACAAAGAUGGAGAAGGAACUAUAUAUAACAACCUUGGCCUUGCCUAUAAGUCUCUCAGUGAGUUCAAGAAAGCAAUCGAGUUUUAUCAGCUGCCUCUAAAAAUCGCAAAAGAUACUGGAAACAAAGAUGGAGAAGGAACUAGAUAUAACAACCUUGGCAGUGCCUAUCAGUCUCUCAGUGAGUUCAAAAAAGCAAUCGAGUUUUAUCAGCUGGCUCUAAAAAUCGCAAAAGAUACUGGAAACAAAGAUGGAGAAGGAACUAUAUAUAACAACCUUGGCAGUGCCUAUCAGUCUCUCAGUGAGUUCAAAAAAGCAAUCGAGUUUUAUCAGCUGGCUCUAAAAAUCGCAAAAGAUACUGGAAACAAAGAUCAAGAAGGAACUAUAUAUAACAACCUUGGCCUUGCCUAUCAGUCUCUCAGUGAGUUCAAAAAAGCAAUCGAGUUUUAUCAGCUGGCUCUAAAAAUCGCAAAAGAUACUGGAAACAAAGAUCAAGAAGGAACUAUAUAUAACAACCUUGGCAGUGCCUAUAAGUCUCUCAGUGAGUUCAAAAAAGCAAUCGAGUUUUAUCAGCUGGCUCUAAAAAUCGCAAAAGAUACUGGAAACAAAGAUCAAGAAGGAACUAUAUAUAACAACCUUGGCCUUGCCUAUCAGUCUCUCAGUGAGUUCAAAAAAGCAAUCGAGUUUUAUCAGCUGGCUCUAAAAAUCGCAAAAGAUACUGGAAACAAAGAUGGAGAAGGAACUAGAUAUCACAACCUUGGCAGUGCCUAUCAGUCUCUCAGUGAGUUCAAAAAAGCAAUCGAGUUUUAUCAGCUGGCUCUAAAAAUCGCAAAAGAUACUGGAAACAAAGAUGGAGAAGGAACUAUAUAUAACAACCUUGGCAGUGCCUAUCAGUCUCUCAGUGAGUUCAAAAAAGCAAUCGAGUUUUAUCAGCUGGCUCUAAAAAUCGCAAAAGAUACUGGAAACAAAGAUCAAGAAGGAACUAUAUAUAACAACCUUGGCAGUGCCUAUCAGUCUCUCAGUGAUUUCAAAAAAGCAAUCGAGUUUUAUCAGCUGGCUCUAAAAAUCGCAAAAGAUACUGGAAACAAAGAUCAAGAAGGAACUAUAUAUAACAACCUUGGCAGUGCCUAUCAGUCUCUCAGUGAGUUCAAAAAAGCAAUCGAGUUUUAUCAGCUGGCUCUAAAAAUCGCAAAAGAUACUGGAAACAAAGAUCAAGAAGGAACUAUAUAUAACAAAGUGCCUAUCAGUCUCUCAGUGAGUUCAAAAAAAAGCAAUCGAGUUUUAUCAGCCUAAAAAUCGCAAAAGAUACUCUAAAAACCUUGGCGUCGCCUAUAAUUCUCUUAGUGAUUUCAAAAAAGCAAUCGAGUUUAAUCAGCUGGCUCUAAAAAUCGCAAAAGAUACUGGAAACAAAGAUCAAGAAGGAACUAUAUAUAACAGCCUUGGCAGUGCCUAUCAGUCUCUCAGUGAGUUCAAAAAAGCAAUCGAGUUUUAUCAGCUGGCUCUAAAAAUCGCAAAAGAUACUGGAAACAAAGAUCAAGAAGGAACUAUAUAUAACAACCUUGGCAGUGCCUAUGACUCUCUCAGUGAGUUCAAAAAAGCAAUCGAGUUUUAUCAGCUGGCUCUAAAAAUCGCAAAAGAUACUGGAAACAAAGAUGGAGAAGGAACUAGAUAUAACAACCUUGGCAGUGCCUAUAAGUCUCUCAGUGAGUUCAAAAAAGCAAUCGAGUUUUAUCAGCUGGCUCUAAAAAUCGCAAAAGAUACUGGAAACAAAGAUCAAGAAGGAACUAUAUAUAACAACCUUGGCUGUGCCUAUGACUCUCUCAGUGAGUUCAAAAAAGCAAUCGAGUUUUAUCAGCUGGCUCUAAAAAUCGCAAAAGAUACUGGAAACAAAGAUGGAGAAGGAACUAGAUAUAACAACCUUGGCAGAGCCUAUCAGUCUCUCAGUGAGUUCAAAAAAGCAAUCGAGUUUUAUCAGCUGGCUCUAAAAAUCGCAAAAGAUACUGGAAACAAAGAUGGAGAAGGAACUAGAUAUAACAACCUUGGCGUCGCCUAUAAUUCUCUUCGUGAUUUCAAAAAAGCAAUGGAGUUUAAUCAGCUGGCUCUAAGAAUCGUAAAAGAUACUGAAAACAAAUAUCAAGAAGCAGCUGUAUAUAACAGCCUUGGCGUCGUCAAUCAGUCUCUCGGUGAUUUUAAUAAAGCGAUCGAGCUUUAUGAGCUGAGUCUAAAGAUCAAAAAAGAUAUUGGGAUGAAAAAUGGAGGAGGACCUACAUAUAUAAACCUCGGCGAUGUCUAUGAGCGUCUCGGUAAUUCCAAAAGAGCGAUGGAAUUUUAUCAGCUAGCCACAAGUAUAGCAAAGGAGACUGGAAACAAAGAUGUUGAACAAUACGGAUAUGAUAGACUUGCUCAAGUUCUUUGGUGUCUUGACGAGUACUCCAAAGCCGAGGAGUGUUUUAAAUCCUGUAUUGAACUGGUAGAGGAAAUGAGAGUCCUUCUUGAAGGAAACGACGAGUGGAAAAUCAGCUUUCGGAAUGAACGUGAUUGCGUUAGUCGUUUAGUGAGACUACAGUUACAACAACGCACUGAACGUAAGACACUCGAGGCGCUUUUAACAGCUGAGAGGGGACGAGCAGAAGCUCUUAUGGACCUCUUGGAAUCGCAAUAUGGUGUCAGGAAAUCGAUUCGUUCACAGCCGAAACAGCAGAUGGAACUUAUCAUUUCAAACCAUAUUUCGUCACCCACGUUAUUUCUAAUGAAUGAUACCCAGUCAGUGAAUAUCUGGAUGCUGUUAAAGUGGGGAAAGCUUUGUGACUUUGUGCAACAGGAAGUUAGCAGUGAUGACUUGACAUCAAUGACUUACCAAACAUACAAACAGAUUGGUGUGAACAAAAGCCUGUGGAAAAAGAUUCGCCCCCAGCUGCAGAGAGAGAUCGAAGACCAGGGUGGUGCUUUAAAAGUAUUAUACGACAUAUUCAUCGCUCCAAUUUCACACUCGAUAGGUGACGAACUCGUCAUUGUCCCUGACGGUUCAUCGUUCUUGAUUCCUUAUGCUGCCCUCGUGGACCAAAACUCCAUGUAUUUAAAUGAAACGCGUAGAAUUAGAUUGAUUCCAUCACUGACAAGCUUAUGGCUGCUGGCAGAAUGUCCGGAGGACCGCCAUAGUUCAUCCGAGGCUCUACUUGUUGGCAACCCGUGGGUGGAAACUGUACGCAUCAAAGGCUGCAAACCGUUUCCGCAGCUUCCAGGUGCUGAGGAAGAGGUAAAAAUGAUUGGGCAAAUUCUAAACAUCGAGCCUCUCACCGGAAAGAACGCCACAAAAGAUCGGGUUUUAAGCGGGCUCAACUCAGUUUCGUUAGUGCACAUAGCAGCUCAUGGUCGUACAGAAACCGGAGAAAUCAUUUUGUCUCCUAAUUUUUCUAGUAGUGCCAAAAGACCUAAAGAGAAAGACUUUCUUUUGACGAUGGCAGAUGUGUUGGAUGCAAAAGUGCGCGCCAAGCUUGUUGUCUUAAGCUGCUGCAACAGUGGGCGAGGAAAUAUCAAAGUCGAAGGAGUGGUUGGUAUUGCACGUGCCUUUUUAGGAGCCGGUGCGCGUUCUGUUAUUGCCACACUGUGGGCGAUUGAUGACGAAGCCACUCUUGCGUUUAUGAAACCUUUUUACGAACAUUUAGUAGCAGGGCAAAGUGCAAGUAAGUCCCUUCAUCAGGCCAUGAAAUGGAUGAGGGAGUCGGAAAAAUUCAAUGCCGUGAAGCACUGGGCUCCAUUCGUGCUGAUCGGUGAUGACGUGACAUUGAAUUUCUGUCAAUGA